AUGCCGUUAAUGUUUCGUCUAUGGUUUUUGAUUUUUGAAAUUGCGAUAACAGAGUAUGCUGCUCUUGGUUGGAGUUUUGACAACACUGCCAAAGUCUUUAAUGGACAGGAGGUAUCAUCAUAUACGUCAAGUAUUCCCUCGGUCUCGCUAAUAACAUGUGGAUCAACGUGCUUCUCACGUAAACGAAACGGCAUGUGUAACAUUUGCGGAUAUGAUAAAGUAUCAAAGACGUGUUUCCUCAGUGAUGACAGUGAAGACGAAAUCAUUUUUACUUCUAAUGACAGCAAAGUUGUACUUAAACCAGUUGAAACUGUCUGUGAGAGUUCAGAGUACUUAGUGAACGGAGGAGAUCCGGUGUCUGACGACCAGUUUAGCGCCUCGUCAGUUUUUCAGGAUCUUCCGAAUCAUGGUGCCAGCAAAGCCAGACUACAUUCAUUGCCGUCUUCAACGAGUAUUGGCGCAUGGGCUGUAGGAACAAAAGACGCAAAUCAAUAUAUACAGGUGCAGUUAAAUGGCCUAAGUCAAGUGGUAGGCGUCGCUGUACAAGGUCGACCAUUGAAAGCUAACGGAUGUUGCGACCAGCGUGUAACCUCCUACAAGGUUCUCUACAGCUGGAACUGUCAACAGUUUCUGACGGUCAAUGACACGAAUGGGAUGGAAAUGAUAUUUGCCGGAAAUACGGACCAGGACACUGUUGUUACAUCGAUGUUGCCAAAGCAGGUGCUUGCUCUCUGUGUCAGGAUCAACCCAGUCACGUGGUCGAGUCAUAUCAUCCUCCGCUUUGACAUUCUUGGGUGUCGAGUAUUCGACGGGAACAAGGACCAGGACACUGUUGAGACAUCGAUAUUGCCAAGUCAAGUGACCGCUCUGUGUGCCAGAGUCAACCCGGUCGCGUAUGUGGAUCAUAUCAGCCUGCGAUUCGACAUUCUUGGAUGCCCAUUGAAUUAA